AUGAUAUUUUUCAUGAAUUUUUUUCUAGGAUUGUGCGACGAAGAGACUGGGCGCCAUAAAUUUUGGAAGAAAAGUGGUUCAAGAAGAAAUCAAAAAAAGGUUUAUAGAAUUGAGAAAGGCUCUCAAGGUACAGAUUAUUACAAGCGCGUGGGGAAACACAGAUGUCGUCAAUGUGGAAAAGAAUACCGGUGGAUGCAAUCACUGAUAAGGCACGAGAAAGAAGAGUGCGGAAAAGCGCCCCAGCAUCAGUGUCCUUUCUGUGGUCUAAGGAUGCGACACAAGUGGCUAUUAAAGAAGCAUAUUUUAAAUUUGCAUCAAUUUGCAUUAUAA